AUGUCUUCUUACCCUCCCACCAACACUUUCAACAACGUCCAGCCUGCUCUCCAGGAGAACCCCUAUGUCCAGAAACAGCCCAUGACCCAGCCCUCCAUGGACGCUCAGCAGGUCCCUGCUGGAUCCAACCAGGAAGAUGAAGAAGUUAUGAGGCUGCGGGGUGGAUGUCCCGGUCAUUUCUGCGGUUUGCCCAUCUUGCCUUGCCGAAUCAACAUCUGUAUCUUCCCCAUCCCUUGCUGUUAA